UCCAGCAUGGGUCUCCAGUACUCCCAAAUCAUCCUUGCGGUUGUGCUCCUGAUAGUGUCAAUAGUUGGGAUUCUUCUGGUGGUCCUUCCAGCUAAAGAGAUGGAGAAGCCUCCAGAAAACAUGUAUGGAAUUGUUCUGGACGCAGGCUCAUCCCACACCUCCAUGUACAUCUAUAAAUGGCCGGCUGACAAGCUAAACGGCACCGGUAUUGUCACCCAGCAUAGCGAGUGUCAUGCCGAAGGUGGGGGCAUAUCUAGCUAUGCUGGCAUUCCUGGUGGUGCAGCACAAAGUCUGAAGCCCUGUAUGGACCAAGCUGUGAGGGAUAUCCCCAAAUUCAGGCACCACCAGACUCCACUCUAUCUGGGAGCUACUGCAGGCAUGAGGCUCUUGAACAUAGUCAACACCACAGAGUCACAGCGGGUACUGAAGGAAGUGGGCAACAAGCUGCUGUCUUACCCUUUCAAUUUCCGAGAGGCAACCAUCCUGAGCGGACAGCAGGAGGGGGUGUAUGGCUGGGUCACAGUCAACUAUUUGCUUCAAAACUUUGCCAAGUGUGGUUUUGGGUGCCGUUGGCUGAAUCCGGGCAGAAAGACAAUCGGAGCUUUGGAUUUAGGUGGCGCCUCCACUCAGAUCACUUUUGAGACCUCGCAAAAGGUGGAGAAUGAGGAAAAUGUGAUGGAGCUGAAGCUUUAUGGACAACUCUACAAGCUAUACACCCAGAGCUUCCUGUGCUACGGCCAAGACCAGUUUCUACGUAAACUUCUGGCUCACCUCAUCACGACUCAAAGUAUGAAGGCCCAGGUUUUCCACCCCUGCUACCCACAAGAGUUCAACAGAUCUAUCCAGCUGGGGAAGGAUGUCUUUGACUCUCCAUGCACUAAGAAGUACAGACCAGCCAAGUUUAACCCUCAGAUGUCUGUGUCAGUAGUGGGCACAGGAGAUUACCAGAGCUGCCUGGACAAUGUCACAAAGAUGUUCUCUCUCAACAACUGCUCUUACUCCAAGUGCUCCUUUGAUGGAGUCUUCCAGCCCAAUGUGAGCGGAAACUUCAUGGCAUUCUCUGCCUUCUUCUUUAGUCACAGCUAUAUCAGCCAGCUCACCAACAUCACUAUCACCUCCCCCAGCCAAAUGAAGAGGGCAAUCCGGCUCGUCUGCAACAUGACCAUCUCUGAGAUGACUAAAAAGACAAAGCAGUCUAAGGAACACAUGCAGAAUGUCUGCGCCAUCUCCAAUUACGUCCAGGUCCUCUUAACGGAGCGCUACGGUUUUGAUCAUCGCACACUUCCUUCCAUUUCUUUUCAGAAAAAGGCAGGAGGAGCAUCUGUAGGCUGGGCUCUGGGAUACAUGCUGAGUCUGAGCAAUAUGUUGCCAGCAGAGAGCCGCACACUGAUAAAGGCUCUGCCCAAAGGGCCCUGGGCUGGCAUCCUCUUCCUCUUCAUCCUCCUCCUCCUCAUUGCACUGGGAUACCUCCUGGUGAUUUACAGAAACAGAAGAGCUAAAGAAGGCAUGGUGUAAAUGUGACACACAUCCCAGACCAGUUCAUAUUCCUCGUAGAGUAUGCGUAUGUACAUACAAAUUAGUAACAUACAGAAUAUCUUGCACAAUUUUGUUUGCGAAUCUACAAACCUUCUGCUUUUGCUUGUGAACACACACAUGUAACCAAAUGAAACCACAAAAUAAACCAUGUCUUUUGUAAA